AUCCCCACCUGACCUGCCACAGAGCCUUUCCAUGAGGGAUUCAACAGGCACUUUGUGUGCUUACGAUUGUGUUACCUCUGGUUAGUCCUUCAGGGAUUAGGAUAACGAUUUUCACAGGAUUUUAAGGAAAGAUUAUCAAGCCUGUCUACUCAAAGUUUUUCACAAAGUGUUUAUUAAGACCUGGCAAUAACUUCCAGUUUUAUAUAGACUCUGAAGAUAAUAACAUUUGUCAUGAGAAAUCAGACUUGGUGCAUGAUGGUGUGCUUAAAAUGAGACAUGACCUUUAGAUGUUCCAGCUGAAUGAAGACCAGCCAAACCUGCUGGAAGUCAGCAUCCAUAAUGCAGGGGUUCUGCUGGCAUGUGGUAGUGAAGAUGAGCCUGGGAUUUCUAUGUCUCUUUCUGGUUUUCAGCACAGCUUCGUGCAUAAGAAAAGAAAAUAAGAAAGAGAAGCAAGUGGCAGUGCUGGCUACUGCAGAGCUUCCUGCAAAGUCGCUGGACCUGGCUGCUAUUAACCUGACAGAGCUGGUGAAUGGGAUGCUGAGCUCUGCACUCAGAGGUACCAAGAAACUCUUCUCUUUGCUGAGUGUCACCUCUUACAGCUCGUUUGCCUUCCACAAAGUGUCAGUCACCAUUUACAACAUCUCUAACAUAAAAAAUAUUGACCCUGGCAAGUUUCCUAUGCACUACUGCUACUGUUUGAAUAAUGUGACAAAUGACUUGACAGAUUUUACAGCUCUACUUGUUGAUAUCAUUGGAAACACCACCAGUUAUCUCACAGAAAUUUUCAAAUCCACAUCUAUUCUCUCAGUGCGUCAAAGCAAUGACUCAGAUUGUAUCUACAUCUGUGUGAUGGCAGGGCAGACAGGGAAAAAUCUGUCUGAUUUUUUGGAAAUACUAGAAAAGUCUCCUGUUAUUAAUUACACAUUUUCCAGUAACACAUCAUCUGACCAAGAUUCAAUUUUAUCAGGUUUUGUGAAAUUGCAAGAAGACACAAACAAGACACUGGAUUCAUCAGCAGAAUAUGUGUGGAGAUUUAAAUCUACCAGGACCCCUCUCACCCAGAAAGGAGUGGAAAUCCCCACCACAGAGCUCCCACCAUGGCCAAGGACAGCUGCAGCCAAAGGGUUUCCAUCACCCCAUGUGGAUGCUCCCAGACCCUCUCUGAGCCCUGGGGGGAGCUUGGCCCCAUCUCCAGCCCUGCAGCCCAGCCCCACUGACAUGUCCAUGUUUUGGAUGCAGACUGUGUCUCCACAAGAAGCCAGCAAGCUGAUGCAAACAGAGCCAGAUUUGCCUUCCACAGUACUGUCUAUGCCACCUUCCUACCGACCUGGUGUGACACUGAAACUUUACUCAGCUACCAGGUGCCCACAGGCGAUGCUCAGAGAGCCCCGUGUCACCUCACCUCCCGUCACUCUCGUAGUGCAGAAGAUCAAGCCCUGCGUGAUGGAGCUCUGUAGGUUCUUUCAGCUGUGCCUCUGUGUUGGUCAGAGAAGACAUUCCAGAAAGGAAGCCAUGAGGUACUGUGUUGAAUACUAUUCCUGGUUUGUGAAAAAUGCAAGUUAUGUCUGUGAAAGAGUCAAAAGAGUUGCUUACUCCCACACAUUAAAGCAAAAAUGCCUUAAAAACAUCUGUACAUCGGUUUAGAGCACUGAGAAAUUUUACUGCAAGUUCGAAGACUGGUGGCAGUUUUAGUUUUCUUUUUGAUUUCUCAGUGUAAAAAUCAGAAAGCAACAUGCUAUUUGCAAAUAUUUGAAAUCAGGCAAGCUAUUAACCAGAUGUUAACCUAGAAAUGUCUCCUCCUCCAAGGCAUUGUAAAAAUAAUGUGUAAAAAACAGAGAUAUUUUAUACAAGUGAUGUAACCGCAAUAAAAAAAUUGAAAGGUUUUUAAAAAUCUUAUUUUAUAAAGGAUAUUUACAUGGUUGGGUAGUGAAUGGAAACAGUUUAUUUUAUUGACAUUUGAGACAUUGUAAUCAAAAUUAACAAAUGAGAAGUAAUUUGAAAGCAACCUGAAAUACUGAAGACAGGAAGGACUCUCUGGUGUUUAACACAUGCAGAUUAUCUUCUAAACAAAAUCUUCCAUUACUUCAGCAAUGCCUGUUAUGCAGUGUCAACCCAGGAAGUGACAGGAUCUCUUGUACUUUGAGUUAUAUUUGUGUGAACUCACCAGGAUUUGUAGAAACAUGGAAUUAUAGAAUGGUUUGAGUUGGAAAGGGGCAUUAAAAAUUAUCUGUUUCCAACCCCACUGGAUCAGGUUGCUCAGAGCCUCUUCCAGCCUGGCCUUCAUGUCCUUUAUAUGCAACUCUAGUGAACUAAAUUCCAGUUCUAAAAAAUUAAAGAAUAACCAAAUCAAUUGCAUGAUCACAUAUUUUUCUAUGCUGCAGCAACACUAUGCUAUUUACCCAGAGUACGUCCUCAAGCCAUUAAUAUUGUUUUUAAAGGAGUUUAUUUGCACUAUAGCUGUUACACAUUGACAUUUCACUGAAGAAAGAGGUGUUCAAAGGUAGAGCCAAGGAGAAAAGUGGCAAUAUAAGCAAUGCUGACCCCAGGGAGAGGUGGGAUGCAGUAACUCACUUCCAAAUUAUAUUUCACUGUUGUACUCAAUAGUGUGAGAGAAAAACUUCUACCAUGUCAAAGAGCAGGACAGAUUGGAGAAGUACCAAUUACAGCAGAUAUUGAAAGUUAGGCCAAUGGAAUAAAUAGGAAUGUUGAUACAGGGAGUAUAUACUGGGAAUAAGACAUGCUGCUAUCAAUAGGCUGAAGAAAUGGCCCACCAGAAACUUCAUGGAGUUCAAGAAGUGCUGUAACAUGUCCAUGAUUCUGCUAUGCUGUGGAAGAUCUUGGUCUGUUGCAGCAGCUCUCAGUCUGUGCCCAUUGCCUCUUGCUAUGCACUGCUGGACAGAGACUGGCUCUGUCCCCUGGCACCCUCCCCUCAAGUGUUCCCUGGAUUGAUGAGACCCCCCAAGACUCCUCCAAUGAAGAGUUGCAGAUCUCUUGUCCCCUCCUCAUGAGAGAUGUUCUCGUCCCUUCAUCAUCUCUGUGCCCCUUCCCUGAACUGUCUCAAGCUUUUCCAUGUCUGUCCUGUUCUGAGGAGCACAGAACUGGACACAGCCCUGCAGGUGUGGCCUCAGCAGUGCAGAGUAGGGGGCAGGACCCCUUCCUUCAGUCUGCAGGCAGCGCUUUGCCCAUUGCAGCCAAGGACAUCCUGAGCCCUCUCUGCUGCAAGGCCACACCUCUUACUCUGUUCAAGCCUGUGUCCAGCAGGACCCCAGGUCCUCCUCUACUGAGCUGCUUCCCAGCUGGGUGUUCCCCAGCACAAACUGGUGUAUGAGGCUGCACCUCUCCAGGUGCAGGACUUGGCACUUGUUGUUGAACUUCAUGGAGUUCCUGUUGAGGUCCUUCUGGAUGGCAGAAAUGCCACUCACUCAUCCUAGUUCAGUGUCACCUGCCAGCCCUCUGAAGGUCCAUUCUGCCCCAUCAUCCAGAUCAUUAAUGGAGAGUCUAAGCAGGGCUGGACCCAGCACUGACUGCUGGAAUGUACCACCAGUCACUGGCCUCCAAAUAGACUUUGUGCCACUGGCUACCACCCUUGUGGCCCCACCAGUCCAUUUCCAACCCCCCUCCCCAGGCACAUCCAGCUCAGAUAUCAACAGCUUCUCCAUGAGGAUCUUAAGGGUGACCAUGUCAAAGGCCUCCCUGAAAGCCUUGUAGGUCACAGAGUCAAAGGGCCUUUUGCUCAUGUAAAUAUUUUUACAAUUCCCAGUUGUCAGACUUCUCACUUCUCCAUGCUACAAUUCAGUGGACAGUUUGUCUCUGUUGAUGGACUCCAUGAAGGGUAGCUGUGCCUGGCCCUGGCAGAAAGCACACCUUGCUGAUGAAAAGCAGCCUUCCCAAAUCUCACUGAAUCAACUUCUCCUGGAUUUCACUCAGCCUUGGAUCAGAGCCACCAUGGAUAGAUUAAAGAAGACUUCCCAACCCUGAGGAAUGCCAGUGUUUAAAGCUGUGUAAACUCUCACUCAUCUUUCAUCACUGAACACUACCUCUUGCUAAGCUA